ACUGAAUGACGGCAGGUCGCUAUGGAAACUGCGUUACGCUCCUGGCGGUCGGAGGAGAAAACAAGAGCGCGAGGACUCAUUUCGGUCCUCAUUUCAGCACCACGCGCCUCCUGGACAGCGCCCGAAUGAACUCGCGCACAGACUCCAGCCUCGUUUGCCUCGGAAGGGACAGAGUCGCAUCAGCACCGAGUCUAACCGGACAGGAUAGGGACCUCAGAAGAAAAACAAACCCACGUACAAGAGACACAGACUCUGCGAACCUGAAGGUCGGUGGAUACUUUAGGUUUAAUUCCGCUGUCAAGCCAGGAGCCAGUCGCUCCCUCAAAUGCCACAGCAACAGGGCAGCAGCAUGUCUGAAACCAAAUCCAGCCAGCGGUUCCACAGCCUGAAUGCCGAGCAGGUGGAGGUUCUCCAUCAGGUUCUGUCAGAGGUGGUUCCAAUCCACGGACGUGGGAACUUCCCCACGUUGGAGCUGCGUCCUCGAGACAUCAUCAUAGCUGUUCGGGCCAGGCUGCAGAAGCAGGGGAUCACUGUCAGAGAUGUUCGUCUGAACGGCUCCACGGCCAGCCACGUCCUCGUCCGAGACAACGGAACCAGCUACAAGGACCUGGACAUCAUCUUUGGAGUGGAGCUGCCCAGUCAGGAGGAGUUCCAGGUAAUCAAAGAGUCAGUGCUGGGCUGCUUGCUGGACUGCCUACCUGCCGGGGUCAACAGGGAGCGGAUCAGCAGCGCGACAAUGAAGGAGGCCUACGUCCAGAAAAUGGUCAAGGUCUUCAAUGAACAUGACCGCUGGAGCCUCAUCUCCCUCUCAAACAACAGUGGCAAGAAUCUGGAGCUCAAAUUUGUGAGCGCGUUGAGGAGGCAGUUUGAGUUCAGCGUCGACUCCUUCCAGAUCAUUCUGGAUCGUCUCCUGGAGUCCUACAUGCAGCAGGAGUCACAGCACAAAACUAAUACUGUUGAUCUUAAGGAGCAGCCUGCAGAAAAUCAGAAUAAAGACUCUACUUCUCUGCUUAAACAGCCCACUGCUCCAGAAACAGAGAGGACCACUGGUAGAGACUCAUCCAGCAAAGAGGGUGCUCCAAUCAGCCAGAACCAGCAGAGAGAUGAGGUGCACGAAAAGGGGUCGCAGACAGACCUCUCACAACAAACUGAACAUUCAAACCAGACAAAAGAGUCCAAAGUUGAAAAAGACAACAAAGAGGAAACACCUGCAGAGCGUAAAGACAUGUCAGAACAUAGAGAAAAUUUAAAGGAGACAGACGUCUCUGAGCAGACACCUCUAAACCCAUUGUCAGAACAGAAACAAACCUCUGAGAAAACUGAAACACCAACACCAACACAGAUUGAACUCAGACAUGAGCCAGAGCUCUCGGACAACACCAACUGCUCAACGAAGGUAGAACAGUCAGAGCAAAUCCAGUCCAACGAGGGCCACCAACCAGCACAUUCAGAUCACGAGGAACUCUCUGUCCGGAAAGAACCAUCUAACCACAAAAAACCCCCCGAUGAACAGAAAGAUCUCACCGAGCAAAUGGGAGAGUCCAAGUUGCCAGAAAACUCAAACGAAACCCAGGCAGAAUCUUUAAACCUGGAAGAAGAAUCACACGCUACAGAGCACUCUGAUAAAACAGACAUCUCUAAGUGUUUCAAUGUGGAUCAGAGUAGCAAUGAUAAAGAUAAAACACAACAUGUGUCUGCUGCAGACGCUAUCACAUUUCCACAUGCUAAGGUAGAGACACAGUUAGCAGAUGAAAGAAAAGUAGAAACAGAGACAGGGGAGCAGACACAAGCAGAGAGGAAAAAUGACUCUGAAACCAGCGAAAUGGCAGAAGAGAUUUUAGCAUCAGAAGCAAAAAACACAGAAAACACACAGGGUAGUGAUUGUUCCUGCUCCUCCUCUUCCAUAUCUCUUACAUUUCACAACACACAACCUACCGGCACACAGGAUACACUGGAGGUUCACAGCACAGUACACACAGAUAACUCAGAAAAAUCAUCUAACAUACUUGAUGCUGUCAGCCCUCCAGAUACUCAGGAUAUUUUACCUGCACCACCCAGCCUUGUUUCUGACAAAAAGACCUCCUCUUCUCCCUCUAGUAAGGCCUCAGAUAGACUAUCUCACAUGGUGGUGCUCAAACACUCGUCUCCCAAACCCCCCCGGAGGAUGUGUAGGAAGGUUACCCCGAGUCCUAACUCCGGUCCGGCCUCUGAAAGUGAACCUGUCAUAGCGCCAUGUGUAGAUCCAAACCCCUGCCCCAGCCCUGAACCUGAGAUAGCCUUUAACCCCAAGCCAACAGCUCCCAUUUCAGACCCUACACCUACUCCAACAACCAGUAUCAUUACUAAAACAAACCCCGAGCUUGAACCCAACCCUUCCAGUGACCCAGCUUCAAAGCUAGACCUUACCUCAGAUCCUGAUCCAGCCCCUGAUAUAGUCUCCACUUCUGCUGUGGAGCCCAUGUCUUUACCUCAAGAGCCAUCGUCCUCUCAGCCAAUCACAGAUGGUUCAUGUGAGACGAGCCUAAAAGAGGAACCAUCUACACAUGUGGCUUUUGAUGAAGAAAGCCAGUCCUCGCCUGAAGAACCUGUCUCUACAUCCAAACAAUCAGAGUCUCUCGACUCAGCGGACACGUUAGUGUCACACACUGAUGCGUCCAGCUCAAACACCCAAGAACCUGUUCAUACCUCAGAAGUUGAGCUCAGCGAUGAAGACGAAAACAGAGAACAACCGACCAAAAAGAUGGAGUUGAAUCAGCCAAACACCAGCCCACAAGAGACCACACUCAGUUCACCCUCCUCUUCCCACUGUGUCACCCCUCCCGUUUCCUGUCCCACCCCUCCCGUCCUCAGUCUCUCCCCUCCCUGCUUCACUCACUCACCCCCCAGUCUCAGUCCUCCCCCAUGUCCUACCCCUCCCCCUCAUUGCCUCUCAUCUCCGAUGCCGAGCACCGCCAGCCUUGCUACGAGCUUUAGCUCUCCACCCCUGAGUUUCAGCCCUACCUCAUCCUGCCUCAGCUCACCUCCUUACCUCACUCCUCCUAUGCUCAGCCUUAGCCCUCCUCCACUCUGUCUUACCCCACCUUCCCCCUGCCUCAGCCCUCCCCUCCUCUGCCUCACUCCCCCAGUGGAGUCAGAGGACCUUGUACCUCAGGUAUCUUCAGACAUGGAGCCUUUGAUACUGAACACAGACAGCGAGGAACAGAUUGAAGAGUCAUCCCCUCAGCCACGAGUUCCUCUCCUACAGUCGGAGGACGAAAAGGAACAAGAUUACAUUUCGUCGUUGCCUCGGGUUGCAGAGCCUGUCUCUUUUCCAAUCACAAUCCCGAGCUCCACCUCACAUGUGCUGCCUCACUCUCAGUCUGUAGGCCCAGGGGAAUCUGCCCCUCCAAAAGCCGAUGAGGCAUCCAGCUCCAUGCCUGAGAACAAAGAGGCCCCUAAGGUAACCGCAGACAUGCCUGAACAGAGCAAUGUUCCUUGGGCCUCUGGCUCGGUCCCUGCUGUUGAGGUCCUAGCAGAGAGCAUGUAUGGUGACUUUGAGGCAGCCAUGGACCACCUGCGCUACCGGCUAAUCGCUACCAGGAACCCAGAGGAGAUUCGAGGGGGUGGCUUGUUAAAAUACAGCAACCUGUUGGUCAGGGACUACCGACCGGCCAGUGAGACUCAGAUAAAGACACUGGAGCGCUACAUGUGCUCACGCUUUUUCAUCGAUUUCCCCGACGUGCAGGAGCAGCAGAGGAAGAUCCUGUCCUACUUGAAGAACCACUUCAUUGGUGAAGAAAGAAGCAAGUACCAGUACCUGAUGACGCUGCGUCGCGUGGUAGACGACAGCACGGUGUGUCUGAUGGGACACGAGAGGCGUCAGACGCUGAACAUGAUCACGGUGCUGGCACUGAAGGUUCUGGGAGAGCAGAACAUUAUCCCUAACACAGACCAUGUGACAUGCUUCUACCAGCCUGCCCCGUACCUUGCUGAGCACAGUGCCCCUUAUCUAGCAGAACCCAGCUACUGCAGCUACUACAUACCCCAAGGGGGAUCAACUCUGCUUUACCAACCUUACCCCUUACACCUGAGCACACAGACUGGACUAGUCUGAAACACACAAACACACACUUAAUUACACAUAAGACAUAAUCGUGCAAGGGGAAGGUGCUCUGCCAUGAUGAAAGAGCUGGAGAAUGGAAAUAUAAUCCAGGGAUAAACUGUUUGGUCUAUAAUAGACUUGUGGGGGUGGGAUUGAGUGGGUUUUUACAGUAAACUCCCAGAGUACUCUGUAAGGUCCUAACAUGAUUAUAUGUAAUUAUCUGGGCUUUGUGGGAAAAUAAUAAUUCUUCCGAUAUUGUUGAAAUUCCAGAAAAUGCUGUAUGCACUGCAUGAGUCAUAGCCCUUUGGUCUCCCUGGGAAACCAACUGCGCUGUUGACAUUCACACAUGCACGGACACACACAAAACACACACACACACAAACACAGACAGACACACACACACACACACACACACACACACACACACACACACACACACACACACACACACACACACACACACACACACACGUGCAAACACACUUCCAGGUUCUUGAAUUGUUGUACACUCUUUUCAUGUUCUUACUGUGUUGUUCUUAAUGGGUUUGUUCAGAACGUGGACCUUGCCUGUGGUUGAUAUUGUGCAUGGAUAAAUUAGGACUGUUCUCUCACUGCCAAAUACUGUGUGACUACUAUGCUUCUUAAACAGUUUAAUGUAACUUUGUUAUUCCUUUACUCAAGGGGGUGUAUUCUGAAAAAAUACUGAGGGACAAGUCUACCGGUGUGUACAGUAUUUUCAUCAAAACACACGCAUGCACAACACAUACACCCAAAUACACAUAUAUACAUACAAACAAAGAAACGUGCAGUCUACUGUAUGCACACAGAGUUGGACAACGCAUGAGUAGCUAAAUAUAUAGAUCACAUCCCGAAGUCAAAGCAAAGGCUUUUAAUUUAAUAAAAAUUGAUCUAUUUUUGCAAGACUUUCCAAGAUAAUACUCAGUGGUAAACAGACUGGUUAGUUCCUACAUGAAAAUGCCAACAACAAUGCCUUUGCAAUAGACUGUACAGCGUAUUGAUUACAGUAUAUUGUGUGCGAAUACACUGCAUUGUUUCAGGUAAAUUGUGUUAAGAUGUAGUGCUUGAUUUCUUUCCCUUGUGGAGUCUUUUCUGUAAUCACGUGAAGUACUGUACCAUCUAGUGUUGAUUUAUUUAAUGCUAAAGUUUGCUCUAUGGAGGUGGUCAGGUUAUAACCAUCUUUGGGUCAUCUCUAAACAUGGCAGAUGCAGAUCUGUCCAAACUGAAAGAAAUUACAUUUAGACUUGUAGGGACUCCUCUCAGCAUGAAUCAGCAUUCUCUAAUUCACUCAGUCCGAAUCAACAAGUUCAAAUCCACCUCAAACCUGUUUGAAUCUAAGUUUAAAAGCCGUGCAACAGCAACUAUGACCAAAGAUGGUUCGGUAGGGAAAUCAAGUGCCUAAAUGUGAGACAUGAUUGGCAUGUCUUUAUCUCACUGCACUGGGGGUGUUAAUGGGGUGGGCUUGGGGCUGGGUUGGGUGUGUGUUCAGUUGUUGACCCCUGUUAUUGCUGCCUGUUUUGAUGUCUUCUUUAAUGUAGUCCUUUGUUGUAGUUUGUUCAUGUACAUUUUGAUAAAAAAUAAAGGGGAACCCAACAAACCUUCA